CACCAACUAUUAGCAUAAUCAUUUUCAUGUUUGAAAGCACUUAAAUUUAUACAGUGUUUAAGCAUUUUGCAACUUCUCAAAUAUUGACAUUUGUGUGCAUUUGACCAGAAAACCAGCAACGUGAUUGGGCAUGUCAUUGUAGGAGGUGUGUGUAUGUGAUGGUGUGUGUGUUCCUGGAGUGGUUCGAGUGGUUUCUCUCACUCUUUGAGCUCAAACUUCACAUCUCUCGACUCUUAUGUGCUUUUACCCUUCCUCUACAUACAAGUAAAUAGGUUUGCAUGUUUUUUUGUGGCUUGAUGUAGGGCUGGCAUUGUAACCUGCAGCAGACAGCACUAGAUUUGGUGAGUUACGAUUGGCUUUGCUCUUUCUCUAUCUAUUUUUUAAAUCUUUAAUCCCCACAUGUCUAUAUUUAGUAUAAGCUUUAUUAGUUAUUUUUACAUUGCUAGAAAUACUUUAUAUGAGAAUGUCGUAUAUGUGUGACGUAGAAAAUGUUGUGGUAUUUUUUAGGAAAGCUAAUAUUAAUAUAACGUCUUCACCCACGUUGACCACAAUUUGAUGUUUAAUGUCAUGAUAAUAUGCUACAGCAGAUAAUGAACUCGCUGUAAAUGUCACCUGGGUGCUAUUGAUCUAUUUAUGUGACUGUUAAACAGGCCUGUUUGAGUAGGAAUUUUUUUUUAUCAGAUUAAAAAUAGUAUUUUGUUUUCCACUUUGACACAAAAUAAUGUAGUAAACGCACAGAUUUAUAUAUAUAUAUAUAUAAAAUAUGUGUGUGUGUGUAUUUCCAGUUUAUUUAUUAAUCAACACAAACAAACGUUAUAAUAACUAGAAACGUUUGAUUUUAUAUUUUGUUAAAAUAUGCAGUUAGCUUAAUGAUAAUGCUGUAAUCAAUUAAACUAUUUGUCUCAAAGUAAAAAAACCCCAUCUAAUUUAAAUAAAAAAAAAAAAAAAACAAUCAAUAAAAUGUGUUUAGUACCAUAUUAACGUGCAAUUGCGCUCGUAAGUUUACAAACCCCACUUUUUUCAUGCAUUUACCCUCUUAUUUAAAAGAAGGCUUAAUUUAGAUUGGCGUAUUUAUUAACUUUUUUUCAUUUUUUUUAAAGGCAAAAUAAUUAAAAAAAAAUUUAUAUAAAAUUUUAUUUUAUUUAUUUUUUGGUCAAUUUCAGUGCUCUGAAUGCUUAAGGCGGCAAUGUACGAUUCGAGCGUAUGCAAAUUUUUCAACAAAAUAUGUAUAAAUUAAGUUGUUAUUUUCUAUGGUGGAAUAUAUGUAACUGUCUUUUAUGUCAGAUUGAUUCUUUGCGGUUAUAAAAUGGUUUUUAUGAUCCUACUUAUUUAAAAACAUAUACAUAUACAUCUUGCAGUUUGAAAUCUCACUGUAUGCCUUGAUGAACCUCAUGUUGAGGAUCCCAUCUGCAUAGUGGAUUUUAGAGAAGUGUGACAAUUCACGUUUAACUCUGUUAAUCUACUUAAUCUAAGAUCUGAGAUUAGAUUAGAUUAGAUUGGAUUAGAUUAGACAGUGCAUUCUAUGAAAAAUUGUGAAAUUUGAAGAAAGGGUCAGAGUGCUCCAGAACUGAACAUUUAUGGCUCCCGGAGGAGAACUGGACAGUAAAUGAGUGAAGUAAUCUUGUUUUCUCUUUUUCCUGAUUCUAUUCACUUUUAUGUUCUCCUCUGUGGCUUUGUUCGUAACAAAGAUAUUGAUCCAGACCGUGACCCUGCACAUGCACUCUCACUAAUUACAAAUGGUCACGGUGACCCCAUUCUUGAAGCUAAAAUUACCCCAGCUAGGCGUGCAGUGUAUGUAACAAAUGGAAAAACAACAAAAUCUUUGUCUCUGCACAACACCUCUGAGAGGUCACCCAAGAGCUGUUGAAUUAGGAAAAUGUAACACUUGAAAAAAGGCACUUGUGAGUCAUGAAGCAAGUGUGAGGCUUUGUCAACACCACAAAACUGAGGUUUCCCCCAAAAUAGUCUGUACACAUAGGCAACGGUAACGGAAUAUAGAGUAUUUUAGUGCUUCCUGUUUACUUGGCCUUGUGGAGUCUUUGCAUUUACUUUUUGGGCAGUUGUGAAGAAAGUGACGUCAGGGCAAAAGGAAGAGAAUAUUUGUCAAACGGGCACAGCGUCUUGCGCAAGUCCUGUAAAUUUGACAACUCGGAUGUUUUCUUGACUUCGACAGCGACAGAGAGACCAGAGAGACUCUCAGCAAUUGUUUUAUAAUCCAUACUCCAGCAAUAUGAAGAACUCUGUGUGAAUGAAGAAGCCAGUAAUGCUGUUGUGAGGUAUUUAAAAAGUUCAUUUAUUCUAUGUUAACUGAUGUAAAUGAUGCUUUGACAUCUUGAGUACUCAUAAAUGUACACUGUGUAUCAAGCUACUGUAACAUGAAAGGCAACAAAUAACUAAAGCUAUAAGCUCAUUUCAUGUUUUUAAAAAGAUAGUUCACCCAGAAAACUCACUCUCAUAUCCUUCUUUCUUCUGUGGAAGACAAAAGAAGAUAUUUCGAAGAAUGUUAGGGCACAACGUUGGACCCUAUUAACUUUCAAUAUAUGAAAAAAAAACAACUAAGACUUUUAAUUUUUGGGUGAACUAUCCCUUCAAGCGCUUUCCAAAAACAACUUGUGUACCUGUAAAACAUCUAUAAUGUAACAAGUUAUUAGCGGUAGCUAGAUAUUGUUGCCAGACAAUGUAGCUAAAACAUUCACCAGCAGGAAAUUUCAGAGCUAUGCUGUCAAGCCAAACCUUCAUUCAAUGGCACAAACAGUGAAAUGUGAAAUUCAUGCACUACUAGCCUCAACGAACACAACUAGUAAUCUUAUUUAUAUUUUAGACCCACACCAAUAUUUUAAUGUCGGAAUGCUAAAAAAAAUAGUAAUGUUUUAAUGGCGCCACAUUGUUUACACCUUUCAGAGGAGUCAACCUGCUGGGAUAGCAGAAAGUAUGGUAGCAUUCAAACCAUAACAUGCAUCGCCUUUAGCUACUAAAGCUAGCUGUAGGACUGAAUGGCGUUGUAUGUAUCAGAUUGUGUGUAGGUUAAUAAGUGCAAGAUGCUGUAAGGAGGUACUCAGGCAGAUGUGCAUUAGCUAAUGUUGCCUGAACGCAGCUGGGCUGGGCAAAGCUCAUAGACGGACCAUAACACUAUGACAUCAUCAAGAGAGUGGGGGGAAGCUGGGCUGAGAGAGAGAGAGAGAGGGAAUGAAGAAGAGAAGGAGGGAUUAAGCAAGCCACAGUAAGGGACAGAGCAACUGUCAGAAAGCAGAGAGAGACAGAGAGGACGCAGGGCUAGACUCAGUCCGCAUAGAACCUUGCGGAUUUCUCCGUUGCUUCCACUGCAUCUUUCCUUUUCCCUUUCCCUAGCCAUCCCCCCUUCCCCUCCCUCCCCCCCACCCCCCACUGUCCUCUCCACUCUGGACCGCUCCUCCGGGCAUGCUACUUAAGCCAAAGUAUGGCCGCUUCCGGAACGACUCUGUGACCUCCUCCGACGACCUGAUGCAGAGCCUAGCCAUGAGCGGGAAGGUGGUGGCCACGCCGGUGGCCUCCUCGUCCACGCCUGGCUUGGAGCUGCCGCCCCUGGAGACUGCUGCCCUUCCUCCGCCUUCAGCCCAGGUGCUGGCUGACUCGCCCGGGCUGGACGGCGAGCAGGACGGCACCACCACCUUCUGCAUGCUCAUUCCUAAGAUGCCCCAGUGGAAGUUCUCCAAUUCGUUGCUCAGCCGUAGCCCAUCCAAUAGUAGCUCCAGCUCCAAUUCCAGCAAGGAUUCCGGCAGGGCGCCUCCGACCGAUAGUUCCCCUGCUGGGGGGGCGGCUGCCGCCAGUGGUCCUGUGGCUAGUCUUGCAGCUGUGUUCAACUCCUGUGACCCUGUUUGUGUGGGCCCAUGUUCCCUACAGGCCGCCAGGAGGCAGAGGGCCAGUCCGAGAGAGUCCAGCGCAGGGGCCGCCGAGGGGAGUCCAGGGGGAUCUGGGAGCGUCAGGACCGGGAUGCACCGGAGGACCAGGGUGGAGGGAAUGUGGCUGGGAGAUAACUUCACCCAGAAGGGCAGCUUCAUCAACAAGCCCUCGCAGGGGUGGUUGCACCCAGACAAAAAGAUCAGCAGCACGGGAGCUUCGUACAUCGUCAGGUACAUGGGCUGCAUUGAGGUUCUGAAAUCAAUGAGAUCUUUGGACUUCAGCACUAGGACACAGGUCACAAGGGAGGCCAUCAACAGGUUGUGUGAAGUUGUACCUGGAGGAAAAGCUGCCUGGAAGAAGAAAACCACCAAUAAAACCCUCCAAUCUAUCAUGGGGAAGAGUAACCUACGUUUUGCUGGAAUGAGCAUCGGCGUCAACAUCUCCAUUGACGGCUUGAGUCUCCUCGUCCCCACCACACGACAGGUGAUUGCCCAUCACCCCAUGCAGUCCAUAUCUUUCGCCUCUGGUGGAGACUCGGAUACACCCGAUUACGUCGCUUAUGUGGCCAAAGACCCUGUCAAUCAAAGAGCAUGUCACAUCCUGGAGUGCUGUGACGGUCUCGCUCAGAAUGUGAUCAGCACCAUCGGCCAGGCCUUCGAACUGCAGUUCAAACAGUACCUACACAGCCCGCCCAAAGCCAUUCCCACCAUGGACAGGACCAUACGAACAGAAGAGUCGGCGUGGGGUGAUGACGAGGAAUCAUCUGAGCAUGAUUACUACAACAGCAUCCCAGGAAAGGAGCCUCCUGUGGGGGGAGUGGUGGACUCUAGGCUCAGGCCUCCUGCGGGCCUACUGGGUCACAUCCAUACGCAACCACAGAGCAAAACCGCUCAGAUGGGGUCACCGGCCAAAAGAGAUGCAGGCAGCCUCCUUGCCGCCCACUUAUGUUAUGAAGUGCACUGGGAUAUGGAGAACAGCAGCUCAACUUUGACCUCCGAUGGUUACCUCCGAGCAGACGGUCAUCCUACAGGUAGCCGCGAUUACGAGGAACACCUUUAUGUAAACACCCAGAAUCUGGACAACAUGGAGGCCUCAAUGGAUGCCCGAGGAGGACGCAGAUCCGAGAGUCCAAAGAAAGACAUUUUUGAUAUGAGGCCAUUUGAGGACGCCCUGCGUCUACAUGAGGCUGGAGGAGUUUGUGUAUUGGAGGACAAGUGGCCGAGUCCCCCACGGCGCCGGGCCCCCGUCGCCCCCACAGAGGACCAGCUGCGGCGGGAGAUGUGGUACCACGGCCGCAUGAGCCGCAGGGACGCAGAGAAUCUGCUGGGUCGAGAUGGAGAUUUCCUGGUGCGGGACAGCGCCACUAACCCGGGCCAGUAUGUGCUGACUGGGAUGCAGUGCGGGCUUCCCAAACAUCUGCUGUUGGUGGAUCCUGAAGGAGUGGUUCGGACUAAAGACAUGCUUUUUGAGAGCAUCAGCCACCUGAUUAACUACCACCUGACAAACAAGCUGCCGAUUGUUGCAGCAGAGAGCGAGUUACACCUCCAGCAGGUGGUCUACAGAAAGAACUGACUUCCAGUUGAAGCCCAUGUAGAGUACAUGGGUGCAAGGCCGUCCCCUGUGCCGCCAACCUAGAGGCCACGCACUAUUGCCUUAAACAAACUCUUGAGCUUCCACUGGGACUUGUGGGAUAUCGCUGUUCCUUAGGCACUGACCACAAACAGCUUUCAGCAUGUCUUGCUCAAUCCACCCCUUCUUCAACAGAGAAGACCCCAACUGAGAGUUUGGCUUUGGGAAAUAAAGUGCUUGUGAACACUUUUUCCCAGCAGACUGUUCUUGACAUUGCCUGUCAGAAAUGUGAACUUAUGUGAAACACAUGAGACAAACCAUCUUAUUCCCUUCAUUUACAUCCAUACGAGCGCUCGUCGUCAGUGAGCUGUUGUUUCUAAAUGUGAUGUAUUCAGUAACCGUGGCUCUGGUCUUCUCUGAUGGUCACCUCUGAGACUCUGGACAUCAUUGUGUUGUGCUUACCAACGGUUUGCUCUCAGGAUGCAGUAUUUGUUAAGGACGUUAUAUAAAGCUCAGUCACUCUAAUGCAGUCCUAUCAAAUGCACAUGUUUAAUUUAUGAACUCAGGACCAAACGUUUGGGUCAUGCUAAUGUGAUAUUGCCCUUUUUUAAACCUUAGUGAUUCAGAUAUGCAUUAUACUUCACAAAUAUUCAGUUUCUCUUUUGUGUUUAGUCACAAACAAAUACCCACAGUGUGUUUUGUUUAAAGGUGCAUUCAGUAGUUUGGUGCCAAUUUAAAAAAAAAACAUGUUCACAUUAGCAAAACAUAAGCAGCCAAAAAAGGUUUGUGAUCCAUUAUCAAUAGUGUAGCGAUGCAUGAAGCACUGCUUAAUCAGAGGUCAGUUCCAAACUAAGCAACUUUGUAUUGGCAAAUGUGGUGAAUUUGCAACAAUACAAACUUGAAUCUGAUGCGAAAUCCACAUGGGGAAAUGUUUCUACUCAGGGUGCCGUCACAUUUGCCAAGGUUGAGCGAGUUUUCAUCAUUUCAAUAGUAAUCUAUUCACUUGAUCAACUACCAGCUGACAAACAAGCUGCUGAUUUACAUAACUUUAAUACGAUGCGAAAUUUGGGAAAUGUUUCACCUCAAAGUGCAAGACAUUUACAAAAGUUCAGCAAAUUUUAGUGUAAUGUGUAAUGGUGUGUGCACACCAAAAGCAAAACAAAUAUUCGCAUUGCGUUACUCCCUCUAGAUUACGCGCAGGAUGUUUUACGUAUCACUUGUGUGAGUAAAAUCAUUGCAUAAUGCUCUUUCUGAUACAACCGGAUGUGUCAAACUGGACUGUCAAUAAGCUCUUCACUGAUUGGCUUGCGCGACAACGCAAAUUUUCCGUUUCAGUUGAAAUUUUUCAACUUGCGCAUAAAAUGUUAUUGAAGCGUAUAUUGCAAGUUUUGUGGCAAUCGUGUCGCGCAUGCAAAUUUGCGUUUAUUGGUGUCUUUGCAUUGACUUUGUAUGUAAUCUACUCGUGCGAAUAAUUAAGUUCGCUUUUGGUGUGCACACACCAGCAACUUGAAUAGUGCUCUCCUCCAUUUUCUGAUACAACCGACAAAGCGUCAUGCGAAUUUCCCGCUUGAGUUGAAAAUUUACAUUUUUCAACUUGCGCAGAAGACACGACUGAGACAAAUAUCGCUUUCGCCGCAUUCACUUCGCCCUGCGCAAAUUUGCAUCUAUUCACUAUUGACAAUACUCAAUUUUUCCCAGAAAAUUUUGAUGCUAAUUCGCUAAUGCAUCCCUUGCUAACUUUCUUGCGUCCCUCACACAAAAAUCUAGAUUUCGCUGUACAAUAUGAAUGCACCCUAAAAAGUAAAUCCUCACAAUCCUGUCGUUAGUAGCGAAGUGUAGUCUGGUGAUGUGAAAAACGAAAAUUAGACGAUGAAACUUAUUGUGCUUUACCAGUGAAGAUAACAGGAGAAUCCGUCCCUGUACGACCGAAGAAAAAACAAGCGCAAACAUCGCUAUGGCAUACACAAGUUGGAAAGAUUUGAUAACGAGAAAAAGCGUUCAACACCAUGUGGCUUUGGUACUUAAAAGUACGCAAAAACAGCAAUGCUAAUGGUCGCUAACUACUGAAUGCACCUUUAAAGUUCUCAUAUUUUGCUCUUCAUCUGGGCAUAAAAGUAACCACAAACUUUUUUUUAUUAUACAUUUCAGUAAAUAGUUUAUAAUGUCAAACCAUCUUAUUUCAACCUAAAAGCUGCUUUCUGGAGAAUUGUCAUCAACUGAAACCUGCCUCUAUAAAUGUUCAAAUAUUCUGGUUGUAUAAAGAGAAGAGUCUGGCUCACUACAGUGUAUAAAUAACCACAUUUUCUUUGUCUUCCCCACUAUCCAAAAAAAAGAUUCCAGUGCCUUAAAAGUUUUAUUUUUUACUUCAAAAAUCCUUCCACUUACUUAGGAUUUCUACAUCCUAGUUUCUGUUAUUACGCUCUUUUGUACAGUAUGCAAGCAGCUGAAUUUGGGAUAGCAUAGCAUACUACUUUUACUAUUUCAGCAAUAUUAGAAUAUGGCAGAAAUAGAAAGAAUAGCCCGGGUUUAUCUAGUUAGCAUUUUUCAGUUAGAAUCAGAUAGUAGAUGCUGUAGCUACACCAUUUGGUUCCAAAAAGCAUCUUUAUCCACUGACAACCAUUUAAAAGUAUCCAUGAGUUUUUGCAAAUAACAUAUAAAUCACAAAUAUUUCAAAACUUACUCGCAUACUUACAGGGCUCUUGCUCCAGCCUAGCAACUGACAUUGAGAUAAAUGUGAAUGCUAGCUGCUAACUUUCUCCAGGUAUUCUAGGCGUCAUUGCCACUACCGAAAACCACUUUUCUUUCUCAGGAUGUUGUUUCUCUAUGCUCUGUUACUCUGAUCUAAAAGCAUUCUCAAUAAAACUGAACAGGAAGGGAAAAGUAAAAGGAAAUGUUUGGUUUAUUUUUAAAGAAACAGUACUCCCAAAUGCAAAUGUUGCCAUCAUUGUCCAUACGACUUGCAAUGUUAGUCAAGAGUCAUAUGGAUUACUUUUAUGAUGUUUUGUUAUUUUUGAGAGCUUAACAUUGUACACUACCAUUCAAAUGUUUGUGGUCAGGUUUGAUAUGUUUGAAAUAAGCCUCUUAUGCUCCCCAAGGAUGCAUUUAUUUGAUCAAAAAUCAUGUUGAUUUGCUGCUCAAGAAAUAUUUUUUACUAUUAUCAAUGAUGAAAACAGUUGUGCUAUCUAAUAUUUUUGUGGAAACUGUGAUGCUUCUUUCAGGAUCCUUUGAUAAAUAGAAAA